AUGUCUGAACAAGCCAAAAAGGCUAGAGGCAGUCUUAAGGGUGGCUCGUUGCACACUGGAGGUGCAAAGACCGUUGGAACAAUUAUAAGAGAGAUGAAAAAAGAAUUGGGACACACUCCCAUUGAACCGGAGGUUUUCAAGAAGACUCAUGUGAAGAAGGAAGCAAAUGAGUCGGAUCUGGAUGUGUGGGUCGAGGAAAGGGCCGAACGAACUUUUUACGUCACUGAGAAUCUAGAUAGUUCGAUCCAAAUGACACCUGAACUGUCCACCCAAAUUUGGAUAGAGAAAGUGAUAGGGCGGACACACAAGGGUGGAGUCUAUGGUCUAGGCUCUCAAAACGAUCUUAUAUCGGCAUUGGCAGAGUCGGAGCGGAGAAGAAUAGUUGAACAACAAAGCAUGAGUGUGACCGUUCAAGAAAUCAAAGAACAAGUGCUAAACCUCGCUCGUCGACGUACUACAUCAUCUCCUGCCGAGGACACCGACGACGACAAUGACGAGGAUGAUGAUUUUGUAGAUCGCACUCCCUAG